GGUGAACUCUGUGAACCAUCUUAAGAUUGUAUGCCUCAGUAUAAAAAAAAAACUCAAGCACCUACAGAAGCCAAUUUGAUCCCUGUUUGAACCUUGGAUGACUUGGCAGGAAUCAUUUCCUUCCAGAAACGUGGUUAAUCGAGAAACUCCCCUCCAGACCAUCCCAGGUGUCGCCUACUCCUCUGAGGGAGUUUUAAAACUAGACCAUUUUUUAAGGAUGGGAAGAUAAGGGGCUCGGUGAGUUGCUGCUUAUUCUAAUCCAUCUUAUUGAUUUUAGACAACUCAAACUGGCCAUUAGCGUGGAAUAUACGUACACGCUGAUUAUAUUAGCAUCAAUUUGACAACAAUAGUUCUUCAAAUCACCCCAAGCUGUCCAAACCUGGAAUGAAUAUAAAAAGAAAAAACAGAAACUCCGAAAAGAUCCGCAAUAUAAGAAAUAUGCUCCCCAAUUAAGUUUCUCAAGCUAUUAUAAGUAAAUGUUUCCUCGGUCUUCACACUCUAUACUAUAGGGAUUUUUGAGGUUAUAAUUUGAAGGAGAUGUAAUUUAUUUCUUCCUUCUUGAAAAAAAUGAGGUACAGUUUGUCACUGCUGUCGAAGCAGCUGCUCAAGGGAGAGUACUUGGUACAUAAAGCUCAGUCUUAGGUGGCCUAAUUAGUUCUCGACUUGGGUGGUUACAGGUGAGGUUUCAGAAGGUAAAGAAACACAAAAAAGGAAUUUUCUAACGAUUAGCCAAUUACAUUCUAUAACAUAUAUAAUGAUAAUAUAAAUGAUUGGACUAAGUGUAUUGCCAGCCAUUUAUUUGGUACUAAAUUUGACUAUAAUUUUAAUGGUUUUCUGCCACAAGUUCCCACUCUAAAUAUAUUAAAAACUUGGGAAUCCUUUUUGGAAAGACCAAGGUGUUAUAAGUUUAUGCCAAAAAAUAAAAGGUAGAAAAUUUCCUAACUUUCAUUUUAACCAGAGAUUUUUUUCUCUUCCAGAAACCUUUGAAAUCGCCAUCUCUUUCUUGUUUUGAAUUGCCGCCAUAGGGAAUUUGAGAAUUUUAAAAUAAUCAAUCAAGAAGGCGAUGGCGGACACUUUCUCCCAAGCUGCAGCUGUGGAGCUCUGCUACGAGAACGUGAAUGGAUCCUGCGUGAAAACCCCUUACUCGCCAGGGCCCCGAGCAGUUCUGUACGCCGUCCUCGGUGUGGGGGCCCUGCUGGCCGUGCUGGGAAACUUACUGGUCAUUAUUGCCAUCCUCCACUUCAAAUAGCUGCACACACCUACCAACUUCCUGAUCGCGUCCCUGGCCUGCGCUGACUUCUUGGUGGGGGUGACAGUGAUGCCCUUCAGCGCCGUGAGGUCUGUGGAGAGCUGCUGGUACUUUGGGGAGAGCUAUUGUACAUUUCACACGUGUUUUGAUACUUCCUUCUGCUUUGCUUCUUUGUUUCACUUAUGCUGCAUCUCUGUCGAUAGAUACAUUGCUGUUACUGAGCCUCUGACCUAUCCAGCCAGGUUUACUGUCUCCGUGUCGGGAAUAUGCAUUAUUCUCUCUUGGUUCUGUUCGCUCACAUACAGCUUCUCUGUCUUUUACACGGGGGCCAAUGGAGAAGGCAUCGAGGAGCUAGUAGCUGCUCUCACCUGUGUAGGGGGCUGUCAGGCUCCACUGAAUCAAAACUGGGUGCUCCUGUGUUUCCUUCUCUUCUUUACGCCCACCGUUGCCAUGGUGCUUAUAUAUGGUAAGAUAUUUUUGGUGGCUAAACAUCAGGCUAGGAAGAUAGAAAGUGCAGCCAGCCAAGCUCAGUCGUCUUCCGAGAGUUACAAGGAAAGAGUCGCAAAGAGAGAGAGAAAAGCUGCUAAGACGUUGGGUAUUGCUAUGGCAGCGUUUCUUGUCUCUUGGCUACCGUACAUUAUUGAUGCCAUGAUUGAUGCUUAUAUGAACUUUAUAACUCCUCCCUAUGUUUAUGAGAUUUUAGUGUGGUGUGUUUAUUAUAAUUCUGCUAUGAACCCCUUGAUAUAUGCUUUCUUUUACCCGUGGUUUCGGAAGGCAGUAAAACUUAUUGUAACUGGCAAAGUCUUAAGGAGUGAUUCAUCAAUUAUUAAUCUGUUUUCUGAGGAAGCAGAUAUAGAUUGAGAAGAUUACUGCAGGGAUUUCAAAACCAACGUGGAAUGAAGGUCAAGCUCAACAUUGACCACUUGGCUCUAGAGGGUCAAGUGUCA